CCCUCCCAUUUGUAGAUUUAGCCCGUGACUAUCUACAACGUCAGACCGCACUAACCUCAGGAGGAGAGAUCAGCGAUGGCGUUCCAGUCAAAUGUGAUCAGCUCGCAGCCUCAGAUCUCAGUCACACAGUACACAGUGUCCUCCGGAUUAUCAGAUUGGAGCUCAAAUGUGUGCGACUGCUGUGAAGACUGUGGCAUCUGUCUUUGUGCAACAUUUGUCCCCUGCAUCUUGGCCUGUAAGGUGGCUCAGGACAACGGGGACAGCUGCUGCCUGCCCUUCCUUCCUGGCGCCAUGAUUGCUCUAAGGACAAGUAUCCGCAGUAGAUACAACAUUGGAGGCUCGGUGUGUGAUGACUGGGUUGUCAUGGCCUGCCUUCCUCUGUGUGGACUGUGUCAGAUGGCACGGGAGCAGAAGAUGAGAGGAUAAAAAAAAAAAAAACUUUGCAUCUUUUGCAUCAUCUCAGUUUUCAAAUUACAAGGCAAGAGCACAAGUGGAAAUUUAUAUUUCUUGGUCUGGACACCAUUUGAGUAUUUCAAAUUCAAAUUGCUUUAUUGGCAUAACCAUUGUUAAGUAUGGCAUUGCCAAAGCAUG